AUGUCUACACCGGGUCAACCCGCUCAGCCCACCGCUGCGCAACCUUCAGCUGUCGACCCAUCUUCUGCUGCCGACGACAACAACAGCAACAGCGACGCUGCCAACCAGCCUUCCUCAGCCGCUGAUAAUUCUUCUCCUGCUGCUCCAGCAACCUCAGACCCAGCUUCGGCCCAGCCAUCCAACAACAGCCCUUCGGCUACUCAGAACCAGCCGAGUGCUGCCCCGACCGAUGACCAGCAACCGACGAGCAACCCUGCAGAAGCAUCCGAUGAUGCUAGUCCUACCAACUCACCUCCUCCUGCCGCGGAAACAUCCGCUGCGGAUGCGUCGCCUUCGUCUGAUAACCCUUCACCUUCUACAAAACCCAGCAGCGCUGCACAAGCCGACCCUACCACCGAAGCCGCAAACCCAGCCUCCACCGAUGACAGCAAAGACGAUCCCAGUUCAACUGAAGAAGCUGCCGUAUCUGAAAUUACUACGUCUGAGGUUAGGUCGACAGUCGUCACAGUAACAGGUAGCUCAGGGCCUGAAACGAGCAUUGUUUUGGUUACCGCCAUUCGUACCCAAAAGGUCACAGCUACCGAGGCCUCUGCGUCGGCCACUGGUACAGACGAUGCCGAUGCAAUUGGCAGUGGUGGUAGCAGUGGUGGAAGCGAAGGUCUAAGCCAGAAGAGCAAGGUUGCCAUUGGUGUCGCUGUGCCAAUUGCUGCCAUUAUCAUCUUUGCUCUCCUGGGCCUGUUCUGGUGGAAGAAGAGAAAGACCAGAAGGCAGGCUGAGGAGGAGCGACGAAAGGAAGUUGAGGACUAUGCCUACAACCCGAACGCCGACCCUACGAUCCCUGCUGUCGGCAUGGCAGACAGUGGUUAUGAGAUGAGGGAAGACGGUUCCUCAGGUUACCGUGGCUGGGGCAACACUACUAUUGGUUCUACUGGUCGCAAGGCCUCUACUACUCUGUCUGGCCCUAUUACUGGCGCCUACUCGGACAUUACUUCACCAACACGAGGAAACAUGUCAGAUGCUCGUUCUGGUGAGCCUCUUAUGGACGGGUCACACUCUCCAGAAGGCGAGAUCCUCGGAGCAAUGGGACCGUCUGCUGCCAACAACCGCGGCGCCGAUGUGCACCGUGGCCCCUCUAAUGCUUCCUCAUCAUACAGUGCUGCUGGCCGAUCUGACGCAUCAGACCCCGUAGGAGUACCGUAUGAUGCCGGCAGCGCAUACUAUGACCAAUACUCGCAAAACCCUUAUAGUGACAACGGACCUCAACAGGCCAUCAUUCGAGAUAACCCUGCACGCCGAAACACACGCAUCGAGAACCCCUCUCAUUAUCCACAGCAGAGUGCGGGUAUCUCACAAAACUUUUAG